AUGGGUGGGCUUAAUUCUGGGCCUGGUCCUGGAUUAACUUUAUUUAUAGCAAUUUUUUUACUAUUGGCACAAACUGUUUUGACCGCACCACUUUACGAAGAAGAUGAAAACGGAGAGGAAAAUACAAAAACUUCUGUUGCCGCUACUGCUGCUGCUGUAGCCGGCUGUUAUUAUAAUUUUCAACAUUACAAUGAGGGGGAACGUAUUAUAACGAACGAACCAUGUCUUAAUUGUACCUGUAGAAAUCGAAUGUUUAUGUGCUACCUAAGGGUGUGUCCAUUUACAAAAGAAAUUGGACAAAAUUGCACAAUUGAAAAAGUACCUGGUCAGUGUUGUCCAGUUAUAACAUGUCCUGAAGUUCCUGUACAUUUGUUGACAAGUUCAACAACUACCGAACAUUCAAAUUCGAAUAAAUUAUCCGGCCCUCAUUAUCCAAAUAGAAAUACAGGAGUUAGCGAUGUUGGUAAAAAUGGAUGUUUAAUUGAUGGUGCUUUUUAUGCAAACGGUGCUCAGGUUCCAGGCUCACCGGAAAAUCCAUGCGAACUUUGUUAUUGUAUUAGAAAUAAAACAUCUUGCAUAAUGCAAGAAUGCGCACUACAAGUUGACGGAUGUAGGCCUGUUUACGAAGAUGGACAGUGUUUUCCAGUUCGAUAUCAAUGCGACGAUUUACCUUACGAAGAAAAAUCAACGACGACUAUCAGACCCCCACCAACUCCAGGUUUAGUCAUUACGACAACAUCAUCGGAACCUAUGGAAUGCUAUCAUAAUAAUGACGUGUACUCAGAUGGAUCAAGAAUACAAACGAACAAUCCCUGUGAACAUUGUUAUUGUCUCAAAGGAAAAAUAGCAUGUGCCGUUCAAGAAUGUGGCGUUCCUUUAGAAAAAGAUGGACAAAAUUGUACGGCUUUACCUCCUUCUCCAGGAAAAUGUUGUCCAGAUUCCUAUAAAUGCGAUGUAACCGGAAGUGUACAACCGGAAUUUUCACAAACAACGGAAGGAUUACACGACGACACGAAGAAAACGGAAUUUUUAAUUACCCAUGGUCCUCCCCCUCAAUAUUUACCUACGGAAAUCCAUGAUAAUAAUAAUAAAUAUCCCCACCAUGAUGUUAAAGUCACAGAUGGAAUUCAUCAAACAUCAAUAAAUAAAGUUACCCCUAGUGAAUUAACAACUGAUAGUAAUUUAAAUGAACAAAAGUACAAUGAAGGAACUCAAUCACCGGAAAAAUUUAAUGAUAAUAAUAAUUAUAACCCGCAAGAAACAAAUAAAGUUUUCGGAAAACCUUUAGAUCAAUCAAAUUUUGAAAAUUCUGUACCUGUACAAAAAGGACAUGAAAAAACACCAAGCUUAGAUUUAAACCAUCAUACAACUUCGAUUUAUGAUAAUGAUAAUAAUAAUUUACAUACCACCGAAUCAAUAAAAACUGAUGAUGGAAUAUACAAUCAAGUGAGCAGUACGUUGUCACCAAUGACGGAACAAGACAGCUUAAAAGAUAAAGAACACUAUUUUGUAGACAAUGAACCAAAUAAAAAUUUAUUAAAUACUGCAUCACAUACCAAACCCGAUAAAGAAGAUGGAACUGAAAUAACAAAACAUUCAAAUAAAAAUAACUCAAUUAACAACGGAAACAUUCCUGAGAAUCAAGAUCAUUACCCGGAUAAUAAGAAUACGUAUCAUCAUGACAUUUUAGAAAAUGAAAGUAAAUACCCCAAUAAAGAAAACACAUACGAAGGUGGAAAACAACCAAAUGACGGUCAAAAUUAUCACGAAAAAAAUCCUACAGAAAGUGGUGAUAAAUUAACGAGUCAUGAUGAAGAAUACUUUAAUAAAAAUAAACCAGAAAACAGUGAUAUGGGUCCGGAAGCUGACAAAUCAGACAGUCUUACCAGGAAACCUGAAGAAAAUACAAAAUACCCUCACGACACAUCACCCAAUUACGAUGAUUCUCAUCGCGGAACUGACUACAUAGAAGGAACAACCGGUAGUCCAGUACACCAUGCAAAAUAUCCUCAAAGUGGCAAACCGGAAAAUGAUGAAACGCAUAAAGGAACUGAUUACCCAGAAGGAUUAACUGGAAGGCCAGUAUUUGAUUCAAACUAUCCACAAGGAAGUAAUCCGGAGCGCGAUGAACCACAUCGUGGAAACCAUUACCCAGAAAACGUUACUGGAAGACCAGUUUAUGACUCAAAGUACCCUCAUGGUAGUUCAACAGAUCACGGUGAACCACAACGUGGAACUGAGUAUCCAGAAGGAGUUACUGGUAGACCAGUACAUGACAAAGAACAUCCUCAUAGUAGUCCAUUAGAUCACAAUGAACCACACCGUGGAACCGAUUACACAGAAGAAUUAACUGGAAGGCCAGUAUUUGAUUCAAAAUAUCCACAGAGUGGCAAACCAGAAGAUGAUGAAGCGCACCAUGGAACAGAUUAUCCAGAGGGAGUCACCGGCAGACCAGUACACCAUUCAAAAUAUCCACAGAGUGGCAAACCAGAUGAUGAUGAACCGCACCAUGGAACUGAUUAUCCAGAGGGAGUCACCGGCAGACCAGUACACCAUUCAAAAUAUCCACAGAGUGGCAAACCAGAAGAUGAUGAAGCGCACCAUGGAACAGAUUACCCAGAGGAAGUCACCGGCAGACCAGUACACCAUUCAAAAUAUCCACAGAGUGGCAAACCAGAAGAUGAUGAAGCGCACCAUGGAACAGAUUAUCCAGAGGGAGUCACCGGCAGACCAGUACACCAUUCAAAAUAUCCACAGAGUGGCAAACCAGAAGAUGAUGAAGCGCACCAUGGAACAGAUUACCCAGAGGGAGUCACCGGCAGACCAGUACACCAUUCAAAAUAUCCACAGAGUGGCAAACCAGAAGAUGAUGAAGCGCACCAUGGAACAGAUUACCCAGAGGGAGUCACCGGCAGACCAGUACACAAUUCAAAAUAUCCACAGAGUGGGAAUACGGAAGAUGAUGAACCACACCAUGGAACUGAGUAUCCAGAAGGAGUCACCGGCAGACCAGUUCAUCAUUCAAAAUAUCCACAGAGUGGCAAACCAGAUGAUGAUGAACCACAUCGUGGAACAGAUUACCCAGAAGGAGUCACCGGCAGACCAGUACACCAUUCAAAAUAUCCACAGAGUGGCAAACCAGAAGAUGAUGAAGCGCACCAUGGAACAGAUUAUCCAGAAGGAGUCACCGGCAGACCAGUACACCAUUCAAAAUAUCCACAGAGUGGCAAACCAGAAGAUGAUGAAGCGCACCAUGGAACAGAUUAUCCAGAAGGAGUCACCGGCAGACCAGUACACCAUUCAAAAUAUCCACAGAGUGGCAAACCAGAUGAUGAUGAACCGCACCAUGGAACAGAUUAUCCAGAGGGAGUAACUGGAAAACCCAUACAUGACACAGAUCAUCCUCAUGGUAGUUCACCAGGUCAAGAUGAACUACAUCGUGGAACAGAUUAUCCAGAAGGAGUCACCGGCAGACCUGUACACCAUUCAAAAUAUCCAGAGAGUGGCAAACCAGAUGAUGAUGAACCGCACCAUGGAACUGAUUAUCCAGAGGGAGUCACCGGCAGACCAGUACACCAUUCAAAAUAUCCACAGACUGGCAAACCAGAAGAUGAUGAAGCGCACCAUGGAACAGAUUACCCAGAGGAAGUCACCGGCAGACCAGUACACCAUUCAAAAUAUCCACAGAGUGGCAAACCAGAAGAUGAUGAACCACAUCGUGGAACAGAUUACCCAGAAAGAGUCACCGGCAGACCAGUUCACCAUCCAAAAUAUCCACAGAGUGGCAAUACGGAAGAUGAUGAACCACACCAUGGAACUGAGUAUCCAGAAGGAGUUACUGGCAAACCAGUACAUGAUACAGAGCGUCCUCAUGGUAGUCCAUUAGAUCACAAUGAACCACACCGUGAAAAUGAGUAUCCAGAAGGAGUCACCGGCAGACCAGUUCAUCAUUCAAAAUAUCCACAGAGUGGCAAACCAGAUGAUGAUGAACCGCACCGUGGAACAGAUUAUCCAGAGGGAGUCACCGGCAGACCAGUACACCAUCCAAAAUAUCCACAGAGUGGCAAACCAGAAGAUGAUGAACCACAUCGUGGAACAGAUUACCCAGAAGGAGUCACCGGCAGACCAGUACACCAUUCAAAAUAUCCACAGAGUGGCAAACCAGAAGAUGAUGAAGCGCACCAUGGAACAGAUUAUCCAGAAGGAGUCACCGGCAGACCAGUACACCAUUCAAAAUAUCCACAGAGUGGCAAACCAGAAGAAGAUGAAGCGCACCAUGGAACAGAUUACCCAGAGGAAGUCACCGGCAGACCAGUACACCAUUCAAAAUAUCCACAGAGUGGCAAACCAGAAGAUGAUGAACCACAUCGUGGAACAGAUUACCCAGAAGGAGUCACCGGCAGACCAGUUCACCAUCCAAAAUAUCCACAGAGUGGCAAUACGGAAGAUGAUGAACCACACCAUGGAACUGAGUAUCCAGAAGGAGUUACUGGCAAACCAGUACAUGAUACAGAGCGUCCUCAUGGUAGUCCAUUAGAUCACAAUGAACCACACCGUGAAACUGAUUACCCAGAAGGAUUAACUGGAAGACCUGUAUUUGAUUCUAAAUAUCCAGAGAGUGGCAAACCAGAAGAUGAUGAACCACACCAUGAAACAGAUUACCCAGAAGGAGUCACCGGCAGACCAGUUUAUGACUCAAAGUACCCUCAUGGAAGUACACCGGAACACGAUGAGUUGUACCAUAAAACAGAUUACCCACAAAAGGUUACUGGAAGACCCAUACAUGACAAAGUACAUCCUCAUGGUAGUGCACUAGAUCACGAGGAACCCCAUCAUGAAUCUGAAUAUCCGGAAGAAAUUACUGGAAAACCCAGUUAUGAUUCAAAGUACCCACAAGGAAGUACUCCGGAGCAGGAUGAAUCGCAACGAGUUACAGAAUAUCCAGAAGGAUUAACUGGCAGACCAAUAUUUGAUUCAAAAUAUCCUCACGGUAGUUCACCAGGUCAUGAUGAACCACAUCGUGGAUCUGAGAAUCCGGAAGGAGUUACUGGCACACCAGUACAUGACACAGAACAUCCUCAUGGUAGUCCAUUAGAUGACAAUGAACCACACCGUGGAACCGAUUACGCAGAAGGAUUAACUGGAAGACCAGUAUUUGAUUCAAAAUAUCCACAAGGAAGUACACCCGAUGAUAGUGAACCACACCGUGAAACUGAGUAUCCGGAAGGAGUUACUGAAAGGCCAGUAUUUGAUUCAAAAUAUCCACAUGGAAGUACACCUGAACACGAUGAACCACACCAUGGAACCGAGUAUCCACAAGGAAGUACUUCGGAACACGAUGAAUCCCAGUAUGGUACAGAUUAUCCAGAAGGAGUCACUGGUAGACCAGUACAUGACACAGAGCAUCCUCAUGGUAGUCCAUUAGGUCACAAAGAACCAAACCGUGGAACUGAGUAUCCGGAAGGAGUUACUGGUAGACCAGUGCAUGACACAGAGCAUCCUCAUGGUAGUCCAUUAGAUCACGAUGAACCACAUCGUGGAACUGAAUAUCCAGAAGGAGUUACUGGAAGGCCAGUAUUUGAUUCAAAAUAUCCACAAGGAAGUACACCAGAUGAUAGUGAACCACACCGUGUAACUGAGUAUUCAGAAGGAGUUACUGGUAGACCAGUACAUGACACCGAACAUCCUCAUGGUAGCGCGCCAGAUCACAAUGAACCAAACCGUGGAACUGAGUAUUCAGAAGGAGUUGCUGGAAGACCAACACAUGACAAAGAACAUCCUCAUGGUAGUACAUUAGAUCACGAUGAACCACACCGUGGCACUGAGAAUCCGGAAGGAGUUGCUGGAAGACCAACACAUGACAAAGAACAUCCUCAUGGUAGUCCAUUAGAUCACAAUGAACCACAUCGUGGAACUAAGUAUCCAGAAGGAUUAACUGGAAGACCAGUAUUUGAUUCAAAAUAUCCACAGAGUGGCAAACCAGAAGAUGAUGAACCGCACCAUGGAACAGAUUAUCCAGAAGGAUUGACUGGAAGACCGGUAUUUGAUUCAAAGUAUCCACAAGGAAGUACUUCAGAACACGAUGAACCCCAGUAUGGAACACAUUACCCAGAAGCAGUCACUGGCAGACCAGCACAUGACACAGAGCAUCCUCACGGUAGUCCAUUAGAUCACGAUGAAUCUCAUCGUGGAACUGAGUAUCCAGAAGGAGUCACUGGCAGACCAGUACAUGACACAGAGCAUCCUCACGGUAGUCCAUUAGAUCACGAUGAAUUUCAUCGUGGAACUGAGUAUCCAGAAGGAGUCACUGGCAGACCAGUACAUGACACAGAGCAUCCUCACGGUAGUCCAUUAGAUCACGAUGAAUCUCAUCGUGGAACUGAGUAUCCAGAAGGAGUUACUGGAAAACCAACAUAUGACAAAGAACAUCCUCAUGGUAGCCCAUUAGAUCAUGAUGAACCACAUCGUGGAACAGACUACCCAGAAGUAAUUAGUGGAAGGCCAGUACACCAUUCAAAAUAUCCACUGAGUGGCAAACCGGAAGAUGAUGAAACUCACCCUGGAACGGAGUACCCCGAAGGAUUAACUGGAAGACCUGUUUAUGAUUCGAAGUAUCCUCAUGGAAGUACACCGGAACAUGAUGAUUUGCACCCUGGAACUGAAAAUCCACAAGACUCCAGCGGAAGGCCCAUGUUUGAUUCAAAAUAUCCACUUGGUAUAAAACCACAUUAUGAUAAGCCUCAGGAAGAAACUUUUGCACCAGAGAAGGAUGAUAAUAAUUUUGGUUCACCUCAUUCAACUAGUAGUUCUGUAUUAGUUACUGAUAUGACUAAUAAUAAAACCUACGGUGAAAAUGAUUUUUAUCAUACAUCAGAAUUGCUGAAUGGGAUCACUCAAAAACCCCAAAAUUUAAUUAAAGACGAUAAUUUUGAUACUAAUAAAGAAAUCACCACAGAUAAACUAAAAGAAAACAACGUUAAAAAUUACGAAAAUAAACCUAAUUUCGUAGGUAAUGACCCAACAAAAAUGCCCGUAGAAAACGGCGACUUUAAAAACGUCGAAAGAACCACUGUGAAAUAUGUAAAUAGUGAGUCAGGUACUAAAUACCCGGAAAGCAAUUCGGAUACACUACCGGAAAACGAAUAUCAUCCUCUCGAAAACAAACCACAAGAAAAUACCCCAUCUGACGUGAAAAAACCUCAUGACGGAAGUGAAGAUCUAAAAGGCUCAAAUGAUAAAACAGUGUCUGAUUCAAAACAUCCUCAUGAAAGUACACCUGAACACGAUAAUAAGCAUCAAGGAAUUCAGUAUCCAGAAGACGUUACUGGAAGACCAGUACACGAAACAAAACAUCCUCAAAGUACCGCACAAGAUCACAGUGAACCACAACGUGGAAAUGAGUACUUGGAAGGAGUUACUGGAAAACCCGUACAUGACACAGAACAUCCUCAUGGUAGUCCAUUAGAUCACGAUGAACCACAUCCUGGAACUGAGUAUCCAGAAGAAGUUACUGGAAGACCAGUAAUUGAUUCAAAAUACCCACAUGGUAGUUCACCAGGUCAUGAUGAACCACAUCGUGGAUCCGACUACCCAGAGGGAGUAACUGGAAAACCAACACAUGACGCAGAACAACCUCACGGUAGUUCACCUGGUCAAGAUGAACCACACCGUGGAACCGAUUACCCAGAAGGAUUAACUGAAAGACCAGUAUUUGAUUCAAAGUAUCCACAUGGAAGUACAUCCGAACACGAUGAACCACACAGUCAAACUGAAUACCCGGAAGGAUUAACUGGAAGACCAGUAUUUGAUUCAAAGUAUCCACAUGGAAGUACAUCCGAACACGAUGACCCACACCGUGGUACUGAGUAUCCGGAAGGAGUUACUGGUAGACCAACACAUGACAAAGAACAUCCUUUUAGUAACGCACCAGGUCAAGAUGAACUACAUGGAACAAAUUAUCCAGAAGGAGUCACCGGGAGACCAACACAUGACAAAGAACAUCCUCAUGGUAGUCCAUUAGAUCACAAUGAACCACACCGUGGAACUGAUUACCUAGAAGGAUUAACUGGAAGACCAGUAUUUGAUUCAAAAUAUCCACAGAGUGGCGAACCAGAAGAUGAUGAACUGCACCAUGGAACAGAUUAUCCAGAAGGAGUUACUGGCAGACCGGUAUUUGAUUCAAAGUAUCCUCAAGGAAGUAGUCCGGAGCACGAUGAACCACACCGUGGGACUGAGAAUCCGGAAGGAGUUAGUGGAAGACCAGUACUUGAUUCAAAGUAUCCACAAGGAAGUACACCAGAUGAUAGUGAACCACACCGUGGAACAGUUUACCCAGAAGGAAUCACCGGUAGACCAGUACACGAUUCAAAACAUCCUCUGGGAAGUACACCGGAAGAUGAUGAACCACACCGUGGAACAGAUUAUCCAGAAGAAGUUACUGGUAGUCCGGUAUUUGAUUCAAAGUAUCCUCAAGGAAGUAGUCCGGAGCACGAUGAACCACAUCGUGGAUCCGAUUACCCAGAGGGAGUAACUGGAAAACCAACACAUGACAAAGAAUAUCCUCAUGGUAGUUCACCAGGUCAAGAUGAACUACAUAAUGGAACAGAUUAUCCAGAAGAAGUCACCGGGAGACCAGUAUAUGACACAGAACAUCUUCAUGGAAGUACACCGGAACACGAUGAACCACACCGUGUAACCGAGUAUCCAGAAGGAAUAACUGGAAGACCAGUAUUGGAUUCAAAACAUCCUCAUGGCAAUUUACCAGGUCAAGAUGAGCCACACCGUGGAACUGAAUAUCCUGAAGGAACUACUGGAAGACCAGAAUUUGAUUUAAAGUAUCCUCAUGGAAGUACACCGGAAGAUGCUGAGUCGCACCGUGGAACAGAUUAUCCAGAAAGUUUUACUGGAAGACCAGUACAUGACACAGAACAUCCUCAUGGUAGUCCAUUAGAUCACGAUGAACCACAUGGUGGAACUGAGUAUCCGGAAGGAGUUAGUGGAAGACCAACACAUGACAAAGAAAAUUCUCAUGGUAGUCCAUUAGAUCACGAUGAACCACAUCGUGGAUCUGAGUAUCCGGAAGGAGUUAGUGGAAGACCAGUACUUGAUUCAAAGUAUCCACAAGGAAGUACACCAGAUAAUAGUGAACCACACCGUGGAACAGUUUACCCUGAAGGAAUCACCGGUAGACCAGUGCACGAUUCAAAACAUCCUCUGGGAAGUACACCGGAAGAUGAUGAACCACACCGUGGAACUGAGUAUCCAGAAGGAGUUAGUGGAAGACCAACACAUGACAAAGAAAAUCCUCAUGGUAGUCCAUUAGAUCACGAUGAACCACAUCGUGGAUCUGAGUAUCCGGAAGGAGUUAGUGGAAGACCAGUACUUGAUUCAAAGUAUCCACAAGGAAGUACACCAGAUAAUAGUGAACCACACCGUGGAACAGUUUACCCUGAAGGAAUCACCGGUAGACCAGUGCACGAUUCAAAACAUCCUCUGGGAAGUACACCGGAAGAUGAUGAACCACACCGUGGAACUGAGUAUCCAGAAAGAGUUACUGGAAGACCAACACAUGACAAAGAAAAUCCUCAUGGUAGUCCAUUAGAUCACGAUGAACCACAUCGUGGAACAGAUUACCCAGAAGGAGUCACCGGCAGACCAGUUCACCAUCCAAAAUAUCCACAGAGUGGCAAUACGGAAGAUGAUGAACCACACCAUGGAACUGAGUAUCCAGAAGGAGUUACUGGCAAACCAGUACAUGAUACAGAGCGUCCUCAUGGUAGUCCAUUAGAUCACAAUGAACCACACCGUGAAACUGAUUACCCAGAAGGAUUAACUGGAAGACCUGUAUUUGAUUCUAAAUAUCCAGAGAGUGGCAAACCAGAAGAUGAUGAACCACACCAUGAAACAGAUUACCCAGAAGGAGUUACUGGUAGACCAGUUCAUGACACCGAGCAUCCGCAUGGUAGUCCAUUAGAUCACAAUGAACCACACCAUGGAACUGAGUAUCCAGAAGGAAUAACUGGAAGACCAAUAUUUGAUUCAAAGUAUCCACAAGGAAGUACUUCAGAACACGAUGAACCCCAGUAUGGAACACAUUACCCAGAAGGAGUCACUGGCAGACCAGUACAUGACACAGAGCAUCUUCAUGGUAGUACACCUGAACACGAUGAACCACACCAUGGAACCGAGUAUCCAGAAGGAAUAACUGGAAGGCCAGUAUUUGAUUCAAAAUAUCCACAAGGAAGUACACCAGAUGAUAGUGAACCACACCGUGAAACUGAGUAUUCAGAAGGAGUUACUGGUAGACCAGUUCAUGACACCGAACAUCCUCAUGGCAGUCCAUUAGGUCACGAUGAACCACAUCGUGGAACAGAAUAUCCAGAUGUAGUCACUGGAAAACCAAUGCUUGAUACGAAAUACCCUGACGGUAUAGUUCAAAAUACUGAUGAACCUCAUUACGGAACUGCUUAUCCUGAGGGCUCUACCGACAAGCCUAAGGACGAUACAGUAUAUUCACAAACUGCUAUGCCAGAAGAUGAUGAACAUAUUCACGGAACUGAUUAUUCGGAAGGCGUCACUGGUAUUGUAGGUUUAGUGUCUUCUUCUAAACCCCAGUUUGAUACAAAUGAACCUGAUCACGUAACGCUUUUACCAGCUGAUUUAAUAAGGGAUCCGUCUGGAGAUGAUUUGAGUAAUUUUAAUAAUCAGAAUAACGACAAUGUAAAUAAGAGUCCAGACCUUCAAAAUUCUAAUUUUAACGUAAUUACGGAUCACAAAAAUUUUUCAACCGUUGGUGGUGAUGAUUUGAUUAAUAAAUUGCAUAAUAUCAUUCACGAUAUUCAAAAGGAAGGGUUGACUACAUCCGAAGCAACUAUAACGGUAGAUAAUGAUCAUACUAACAUCGUUUUCCCAAGCGGUGAGCAUGAUUCCGUUUUUUCAACCACCAAACCAAAUAAGUUAAAUCCUUCAUUAAGUACUGAAGAAAAAGUAUCAACUACUAAUCCAUUAAGUGAACAUAAUUUCGAAUCAACGGUUAAUCCCUUUGAUUUAGACCACGGUGUUUCUACAGAAAAACCACUUCAUGUUGUUUAUCCUACAUAUUAUCCAAAUGGAGUUGUAACGAAGAGUCCCGUAAAUGCAUUUGAAGAUAAGAAUAAAAUAACCGUCACCCCACAAACUAUCGAUUCUCUAAUAAAAGGAUCCACCAAUAAAGUAAAUGAAAUUAACACUGAGGUUCCAAGUUAUACUAAACAUGAUAUUACAGAGUCUGGAAAUGAAGUUUCUACCUCAAGUCCCGUCGUUAUUGUGCAAGAAGUUCAUACAGAAAUUCAUAGCGAAAGAGCUACUGUUAAACCAAAUGAUGUUCAGUUCACAAAUGAAAAAGAAAAACCGUAUGACAGUACAGAAUUCCCGAACAAAUUUAACACUGAUUCUGGAAGCGAAAGGCUGACACAAAGACCAUAUUAUACUGAAAAACCAGAUAAUACACAUUUCGGAUAUACCGAUAGCAGCGUAGUGGAUCUCGAUGGUAAACAAACAACGGUUAAAACAUUUUUAGAUAAUAAAACAACGCAUAAAUUUGAUCAAUCGGAUGUACAAGAAGAACACACAACAUUAAGUUAUUUACAAGACAAAUAUGGUGGCAGCACUACAGAACGUAGAAAACCAGGCGAUGAAAAUUUAACAGAUGAUUCGUAUUCAUUUACAACGAUCGGACAUCAUCCUGGAGCAGAUUUACCGCAUACUAGUACCGUUUUAACACCAAUAUCAUUUUCUGAAAAAGAAACAAGCAAACCAGAAAACGUUGAUUCACAAGAUGAAACGUUCGAAGUAAAAUUUCCUUUGAGAAAAACUACUUUUAAUCCUUUAAAUGUUGAAAAAAAUACUCUUAAACCGGAUCAAUUUGAUAAAUUUAAUCCCACCGAAGGAACUGAAAAAGUUUUUGAUCACGCAACCGCUAGACCAUACGAUGAAGAACUUGUUACUCAAGGAGUACUAGACAAUAAAAGCCCGGAAUACUCUUUUAUCGGCACUACAACGCCCAAAUACCUUUUAGUUGAUGACGUAACCGAAGAUCAUUCUACUCCAAAUAAAUUUUCUUAUGUGCCUUAUAAAUUAAUUAACGGUAGUAAAAUAUAUUAUCCUGAAAAGGAACAACCUGAAAAACCAUCAGAUUCAGAGGUUACGGACUCACCUUUCGACGGAUAUGACAGCGUACCAUACACGGUCGAAAACGGAUCGAAAGUUUUUCAUCCAGAACAAGUCGGAGUCAGUCAUCGUCCGACUACGCCAUCACAUUCUUUGGGCAUGUACGUUCCCUAUAAAAUAAUUAAUAAUAAGAAAGUGUAUUACACGGAUGACAAACCAGGUACAGAUGGUUUUGACGGAUUGGAUUAUUUACCAUUUGAAAUUGUCGAUGGUAAAAAAGUUUUCCAUCCCGAAUGGAUUCCGUCAACUUCAACUAGUACCACAGUUUCGCCAACCGUUCUUUCGGAAACUUACGUUCCUUUUAAAUUAGUUAACGGAACUAAAGUUUUCUAUCCGAAAGAUGCUCAAAACGAUCCUCAAAAUGUUCCAAAGGAUUACGAUGGAUUUGAAUUAAUGCCUUUUGAAAUUGUUAACGGAAAUAGAGUUUUCCAUCCGGAUAAAAUAUCAACGACUCCUUCGACUCCGCAAAAUGCUUUGUUUGUACCGUACAAAUUAGUUAACGGAGCUAAAGUUUAUUACACGAAGGAUGCAUUUGAAGAACCUAAAGAUAAACCAGAAAAUUACGAUGGUUUCGAUUAUGUUCCUUAUAAAGUCGUUAAUGGAAACAAGGUAUUUGAACCAGAGAAGGCUGUUUUUAAACCGGUAACUCCUUCUAUGUACGUGCCUUAUAAAAUUGUAAACGGAGCUAAAAUAUUUUAUCCAAAAGAUGCUCAAUCAAGUCCGAAUAAUUCAUUCAAAGAUUACGAUGGUUUCGAUCUCGUACCAUUCCAAGUUAUAAAUGGAAAUAAAUUUUUCUAUCCGGGAGAUCAUGAACAAGUUACGGAUAAACCUCAUCCUCAAGGAAUGUUUGUUCCUUAUAAAGUCAUCAACGGAAGAAAAGUUUAUCAUUUGAAACAUGCUCAAAAUAAACCUAUUGAAAUGUUAAAAGACUACGAAGGCUUCGAUUUUAUUCCAUACGAUGUUAUUAACGGUACCAGAGUGUUUUAUCCGGAACGUGUAACACCACAACCUACGGAUGAUCAAACUCCUUUCAGAGUAACGGAGACUCCGAGUAUUAAUUUUUCGCAAAAUCCAUUACUAACUAGUGAUGAUUACGUAUUUAAUUAUCAAGAAAAAGACGUGACAACAGAAUCACCAACAACAUCUUCAACACCGAAUCUCGGUGCUUUAUACGUUCCGUACAAUAUGGUUAAUGGAACUAAAGUAUUUUACGUCAACGAUGGUCAAAGUCGACCGCAAUUAAUACCUCCUAGUUACGAUGGAUUUGAUUACGUUCCAUAUGAAUUAGUUAACGGAACCAGAGUUUUCCAUCCGGAAAAAAUUUCUCCUCAUACUAAACCGGCCUUAUUCGUGCCAUACAAAGUAUUGAACGGAAGCAAAGUUUACUAUCCAGAAAAUGCAAGUCAGAAAAUGCCUCAGGUAACGCCUGAAUACGAUGGAUUUGACUAUGUGCCGUAUGAAACAGUGAAUGGAACAAAAGUAUUUUAUCCGAAUCUAAUUAAAACUCCGGAUGACAAUCCGCUAGAUUCUUCAUUUAUGUAUGUACCUUUUAAACUAGUCAACGGAAAUAAGGUUUAUAAUCCGGAAGAUGCUAAAUACGAUUCACAGUUUAUUCCUCAAGGAUACGAUGGCUUUGAUUACGUUCCGUACGAGGUAGAAAACGGUACAAAAAUUUUCCACCCGGAAAAAAUGCAAUCGAAAUAUCCGAAUUAUACUCAAGGAUUAUACGUACCCUAUAAAAUAAUUAACGGUACAAAAAUGUAUUAUCCAAAAGAAGCUCAAAGUAGACCCCAUCCUCUUUCUGAUGAUUACAAUGGAUUAGAUUAUUUACCUUAUGAAAUUGUCAACGGAACUAAAGUAUUCCAUCCGGAAAAAGCCGUUUUUAAACCGCCUACUUCAUCCAUGUAUGUUCCAUUUAAAAUUAUGAAUGGAACCAAAGUCUACUAUCCGAAGCACGCUCAACAAAAUCCUCAGCAAAUACCACAUGGAUACGAUGGAUUUGACAUGAUUCCAUACGAAGUUGUGAACGGUCAAAAAAUAUUCCAUCCGGAACACGCUUUGAAACCCACGAAAACUCCCACAACCGCUUUGCCAACUUUUUACGUACCGUUUAAAAUUGCGAACGGAACAAAAGUAUUUUAUCCAAAGGAUGCACAAGAAUACCCACAAAGCAUACCCCAAGGUUACGAUGGAUAUGAGCCUGUUCCUUACGAAUUGGUUGGAGGAAAGAAAGUAUUCAAACCUGAGCUGAUGUCGGAAACACUUACCACACCUCCUUCUUUUGUUCAGGCUUUGUAUGUUCCAUACAAAGUAAUAAAUCAAACUAAAGUUUAUUAUCCUAAACACGCUCAACAAAAUGUAAAAGACGUACCGCAAGGUUACGAAGGAUUUGACCAUAUUCCUUAUGAAAUAGUUGACGGUAAAAAAGUGUUCCAUCCUGAACAGGCGAUACCUACAACUACGAAACAGCCAUUGUACACGCAAGCGUUAUAUGUACCGUACAAGAAUGUUAAUGGCACAAAAGUAUUUUAUCCAAAAGAUGCUGCUGAGCAGCCUAAUUAUCAAUCACAAGAAUAUGAUGGCUUUGAAUAUAUUCCAUACGAAGUAGUAAAUAAUAAAAAAGUAUUUCAUCCAGAACAAGCGUUCACAACAAUGACUACUCCUAAUCCGUUCGAAUUAGCUUUGUACGUACCGUAUAAAAUUGUAGAUGGAACUAAGGUUUACUAUCCGAAAUAUGCCAAGGAAGAACCUCAAGUUUUUGAAAAUUUCGACGGAUCCGAUUACGUUCCUUAUAAAAUUGUUGACGGUAAAAAAGUAUUCCGUCCAGAAUUUGCUGUACCAGCAGCAACUACUCAACCUACAUUAUUAGCUCAGUAUGUGCCAUAUAAAAUUAUUAAUGGAACAAAAGUAUUUUAUCCGAAAGAUGCUCAAUCAGAAACAUAUCUCAUACCUAAAGGAUACGACGGAUUCGAAUACAUUCCUUACGAAUUAGUAAAUGGUAAAAAAGUUUUCAAACCGGAGCAAGCGAUCAAGCAUAGCGCAACCACACCAUCUCCAGUUUCAUUGGCCAUGUACGUACCGUAUAAACUUGUGGGAGGAAGGAAAGUAUAUUAUCCCAAAAAUGCCGUAGCUCAAAGGAAUCAAUUGCCAAAGGGAUACGAUGGUUUUGACUACGUACCCUAUAAUUUAGUUAACGGAAAUAAGGUUUUCAAUUUUGAAGAAGCAAACAAACCAGUUCCAACUAGUUUACCUUUAAAUCAAUAUUUAUACGUUCCGUAUAAGGUGGUAAACGGUAAAAAAGUUCUUCAUACGAAUGAUGCCAAAGAAUAUCCACAAGAUAUACCGAACAACUACAACGGCUUUGAUUAUAUUCCGUAUAAAAUGCAAGAUGGGAAAAAAGUAUUUUAUCCAGAAUUGUCAACUGAUCCACCAACAAGUGUAGUUCCUCGCUUAGAUGGAAUUUUUGUUCCUUUCAAAUUAUUAAACGGCACAAAAGUAUUUUAUCCCGUCGAUGCUCAUGAACACGGUUCAUCAGUACCAAACGGUUACGAUGGCUCCGAUUACGUACCUUUCGAAACUAACAACGGUGUGAAAACGUUUUAUCCAGAGCUUAUUUCAGUGCCUCACUACGAUGCUCCAGGUGUAUACGUUCCAUUUAAAAUAUUCAACGAUAAAAAAUUAUUUAUACCAGAAGCCGCUAGUGUGAACCUUCCGACGAACAACGUUCAGGCUCCUUACAAUGGAAUAGCUUACAUGCCAUAUAAGAAUAAAAAAGGACAGGUUCAAUUAAAGAGACCGAACUUAUCGAAAAGGAACAGUGAAGUAAUUUACGUGGAUGAUUUUGUUGAGAACUUGAAAUCGCAAGGACACCCACAAGGUUUUGCUGGUGUACCUGGUGAAGGAAGUUGUCUUUUCAACGAUAGAACCUAUUCAAACAAUGAAACCAUUCCACCUUUCAGUUCUUGUCAAGUUAAAUGUAAAUGUAUCGGUUCUAUUGUCCAAUGUGUUAGAGUAAGAUGUCCAUCGUUACAAGAAAAUCAACCCAAUUGCGUACAGAUCUAUCGGGAAGGUUCAUGUUGCUCUACUUUUGAAUGUGCAAAUUCUGAUGUGUUCUCAAACACCAACAUCAAGGGCCCGUCAGAACCUUCUGAUUAUACAAACCCGUUCAUACCAAAUCGCAAAAAAAUCCCAAAUAAAAAUGAUGGAUCAGUAGGAAGUCAAGUAAAACCGCAAACAUCAGAACCUUCUGAAAUUCACGUUCAGAAACCUCAUCAUCCAAGACCGGAUUCACAAGAACCUUUUGAUCAUGUUGAGGGAGUAGUUUCUAGUGAACUUUUACCCGAAGACGAUUAUGACGGAGACGAUGAAGAACCAUACGGUCCUGGAACAUGUCGCUAUGCUGGAAAAGUUUACGUGUCCGCUCAGCAAAUUCCGAGAGACGAUCCCUGUGAUUUCUGCUUCUGCUUUAGAAGUGACAUUAUUUGUCUUCAGCAAAGCUGUCCACCUCCUAUUCCGGGCUGUCGCGAUGAACCAAUACAAGGUUUCUGUUGUCCGAGAUACGAAUGCCACGUUAAAAUGGCUACCGUUUUAAACGUGACAUCUACAACAACAACAACCACAACCACAUUGCCUCCUCAUUUCUUUUCUCACGCUUAUAAAGGAUCAGCCGUUCGUACAGGAUGUUUUGUACAAGGAAAAGCUUACAGAGUUGGAGAAGCUAUUCCUUCUGCAUCGGGUCCCUGCAUGGAUUGCAACUGCGGCGGAAACGGAAGAAUGAAAUGCGAACCUAAAGUUUGUACUCCAGAGCCUAUGAUUCGAAAAAUGAUAGUACCCUCUAAUAAUACGUCGCCCUCGUUGUCGUUAUCAUCAUCAUCAUUAUCAUCAUCAUAUUCUCAUAAUAAAAGAUGA